AUGUCUCGAGCAACCAGCCAAGCCAGCAUCAGUAUGCCCGCCAUGCUCCUUCUAGCCCUCGCCAUUAUCCUCGCCGUCGUCGUCACUCCCGCCGCCACCGCGGAGCCGGCACGGUGCUACCUCUCCGGCGGAAGACCCAUCGAGGACGACAAGAUGCCGAUCCGGCCUUGCGAGUGGAACAAGGGGGUCGGUGGUUUGGUCGCCGGCGUCAACGGCACCUGCUGCGGACGCGGCCAGGGCUGCCUCGUCAACGGCUUCUGCGUAGACACGGGCAAGUCGGAAAUCUGGGAGGGCGGCUGCGUCAACCGCAAUGGGGACUUUUGCGCGCAGGACUGCGAGUCGAGGUAUCAUCCCCAGAGGCUCGAGAAGUGCGGCGCGGACAGGGAGGAUUACUACGCAUGUCCGGGAAGGAAGGAUGACUGCGAUGAUGAGGAUGCGAAUGUUUUCAGGAUCAGGGGACCCGAGCUUCCAGACUAUGUCAUCCUCGGCACCGUCUCAGACGAACGCAUAGCGACAACAACAUCGACCGUGGAGAGUAGCAGAGACACCAGCACCGCCACCGACGACCCCCAGCCGGCAACUACAAUCUCUGGACCAGCCGAGACCGUGACCAAGACGCUGCCUGUGGACGACCCCCAGGGACCUCUCCCCACGGACAACAACGACCGGAACCAGGAGCCGAGCCACGAAAGCGACCCGUCCGGUGUCGUCCCGCUCGCCGUGGGCGUGUCGAUCGGCGCCGUGGCGCUCGUGGCCAUGGUUCUUGGCGGCUGCUGGUGGCACCGGGACAGGGUGCGGCGGGAACCGGCGCGGGCCGAAACGCCGCCGCAGACCACGGGGCCAAUUGCCGAUUCGAGGGAUUUUAUUUAUUUGCCCGAGCGGGUACAGCAAUAUGGACGGAUGAGGGCUUUCUGA